UCGAAAUUGAAUAUAUGGAUCAAAUUAGCAGUUGCUAAAUAAAUGCUCUGUACCCGAAAAACUUGUAUAUUUGGGAAGCGGAAAAGGAAUUAGGGAUUUCAAACUCUUGAAGCAGCGCCGGGUGAAGAACAGAGCUGAGUGCAGCUUCGGCCUUCGAGUUUCUUCGAACCACAAUAUCAGCGAUCUCUGGUGAAAGGAAGUUUGAUUGAUAGCCUUGAUCAGCCUCUCUCAGCUUCUCGUGUCUCCAUGGCUACCAUACCUGUUAAUCCUAAGCCUUUCUUGAACAACUUGACUGGGAAGACUGUUAUUGUAAAACUCAAGUGGGGAAUGGAAUAUAAAGGUUUUCUUGCUUCAGUGGACUCAUACAUGAAUUUACAGCUUGGCAACACUGAAGAAUAUAUUGAUGGACAAUUCACUGGAAACCUUGGAGAGAUUCUGAUCAGAUGCAACAACGUCCUCUAUCUUCGUGGUGUCCCUGAGGAUGAAGACAUAGAAGAUGCAGACCGUGACUGACAAGUGAUCUUCAGUCAUUGAAAUGAUUUCCUGUAGUUUUUCACUUCAAGCCAAUGAUGGUAGGCAUUUGUUGUUUUAAUACUGAUAUUUUCCAUGUCUAGAGCAGUAUCUGAUUUAACAAAUUGAUAGCACUAAGUUUAUCAUGGAUUUGUUGCUUGUGGAAUCGUGACCUGGUUAUAUAUAUAUACAGGGGCGAUUAGAUGUAAAAGGCAGGCUGAACGUUUGCGGUAAUUUGCAAUUAUGUCCAAACUUACAUAUAUAGUAUUUCUGUGGAUGUGACAAAAAAUUUGAAGUUUA